GGUCUCAGGCCUUCCCUUAUCCUCAUCCUUUAUGUGGCAGGUAAGGUCUAGGCAGCCAGACAAGCGAGUCUAGCUGGAUUCAACUAGCGGCAAAAAGCAGGCCGCGUGCUGAUCCCCGCACUCGAGAGGCCGAGGGAGCGAGCAACCAUCAUCAGAUCAGUACCAGACAUGCAGCGGAGGGGCGAUCUGACAUAACACUCCGCACGCAUUGUCGAAACCGAGACCAGGCCACAAGGACGGCGGGCAGGCCUCCGGCCUGGUGGGAAUAGGGGGUUACUGCUAGCAGCAAAAGGCUGGCCGAAAAGAGGGAGAAGUCGGUACACAACAUGUCUUCGCUGCGAGCUCCCAGCUUCCUGCAGAGGCGGGAACAGGGCGCUGGUCGCCGUCUUGCUCACAGCAUACGCGAGCUGGCCGGAGAGCAUCUCAAUUUUUAUCGCGUCCAUGUCCUAUUCUUUGUCUUCACGCCGCUCAUCCUCUCCGGUAUCUUUUACGCCGCCAAUGGGGCUGUGCACAUCAAAUACAUCGACUGCCUCUUCUGCGUCGUCAGUGCCAUAACCGUCACGGGCCUUGCGACAGUCAACAUCUCCAAUUGCACUGCCUUCCAGCAGGCGAUCCUCUUCCUCGCCAUGGUCCUCGGCAACCUGACCACCGUCUCCCUCACAAUGGUUUGGGUGCGCCGCUACUUUUUCCGUAGAAAGUUUGACCAGCAGAUCCGCACCGACCCAAAGCUGCGACGCAGGGCGCGCGAGGCGCAGAGGCGCAUCUGGGCCGAGCGUCAGAUGGGCAUCCGAAAGGUCCAGCAACUCCUUUCCGGCCGCCUCCCCAACGGCAGCAGCAGCAAGCGCAAAGGCUCCAAUGGAGAAGAAGAGAAAACAGCAGCAGCACGUGCCGCGGAAUAUGCUCACGAGAAAGGCCUCCCCGUCGAGCACUAUCGUGAGCGGCAUCAGGUUGGCAAUGCAGGCAAAGCAGCGUCCUUAGGCAGUGUCAGCUCUUCUGAUGUGCCUGAGCACACUCCACAACAACCACAGCAGCAGCAGUCCAAAAAGGAAAGGGGUAAGGAUAGGAACAAGAAGCGCAAGGGCCCGCUGACUGCAGCGAUGAUCAGACGAGCGGACCAGCCCGCCGUGCUGAUGAACCCCAGCAUCAUCCCCGACUCGCCGCACCUGAUGCGAGACCGGCGUGCCUCCGCGUCCACAGGCGCGGGAGGCCUCCCGGCUUCCGCAAGCAUAGGCGGCCUUGGCAAUGCGCCUAGCGGAAGCGGGAUCCUGUCUAAUCGCUUGACGCAAGAGCCAGAGGAGAUCGAUCUGCCCACGGGCACGUCACCGACUGCCGAGUCAGCAGGCGCCGGCGCCGGCACAGGUUCGGGUACCAACGUUCCCAGCGUUCGCAUCGCACUGCCGCACAGCGCUAGCAGUCAAGCAUGCGACGCGAAUGCUGGGUCAAAGACGCUGGAGAAGGAGAAAAGGCUUGGAUACGAGGAGGAUGCAGAGGAGCACGAUGACCUCAAGUCAGAUCGCGGGAGCGGCGCUGAGGAUGACUCAGCAGAAGAGAUGAGCUACAUGCGCGCAUUUCAGCGCAGCGCCGAGCGUGCCGAGCGUGCGAGAGCGCUGCGUGCCGAACAGCUGCGGCGCAACGAGCAGGCUUCCGCGCAGCACGUGCGCACGCAUUCUGCCGACGGCCAUGGUAUGCCUGAUGUCGAGGCUGCAGCGGACUCGUCGGAAGGCGUGUCCGCGCCGCAUUAUCUUCGUGCUAGUCGGUCGACCGCUUCCAUGACCCAGAAUCGACCUGGCGUCACGCACGCGCCUCAGCACGCACCCCAACUCCACCCCCAGCAGCAGUACGACCCGCUGCGAAGGCGCGCGCGUCGAGGUUCCGAGGGUGCGUAUAACUUUAACACUGGCACGCUACCGCGCCAUGCUCCACCGCUUGCCACGUUUGACCCGAUGCCGCGCGCGCAGACAAUCGGCUUCGCCGAGCCGGUCGGCGCGACGCACAGGCACAGCCAUGGCGAGCAAGGCGGCCUCCCGAACUUUGCGGUGACAGCAACGAAUGCUACCUUCGGGCCUGGCGCCGGCGGUGGCGCUUGGGCAGGUAGCGCAGGUGCAGGCGCAGGGUUCAGCGUGGGCGGGCCAGGCGGACUGCGCCACCGACCGACUGGCCUCGAGUUCGAGCGAACUGCGACGCGCAGGUCGAUGAUGACGCAGGGUUCCUACCGCGAUCUGCGGCGGACGCGGACGAGCAUGAGCGGUUUGCAAAUCCACAGGACUAUGUCCAUGACAAAGAACACCGGUUUUGGCGGCUGGCCCACACCGGUCGACUUCGGGCGCUACAUCCUCAACACGAUCUUCCACCGCAGCCAGGUGAUGCCACGCACGUCCACCCUCGCCUCGACGCACUCGCUCGGCGGCCGGGGGCUCAGCGACAGCAUGACGGAGGGCGUGCGCACUGCACCUUACUUCUCUUUCGACGUGCUCGUCUCGCGCAAUUCGCAGUUUCACCAGUUGACCGAGGAGCAGCGCGACGAGCUCGGCGGCGUCGAGUAUCAGGCGAUCGACCUGCUUUCCAAGAUCAUCCCCGCCUACAUCCUCUUUGUCAACUUUUUCUUCAUCAUUCUGAAUGUGCCAUAUGCCAACAGCAAGGCCUUCCAGGACAAGUACGGCUCGGUAUUCGAAGUGCAAGGGACCCAUGCGCCGAAUUGGACGUGGUACUGGUUCUUUGCCAACAUUUCUGCGUACACCAACACGGGCAUGUCAUUGAUCGAUACGAGUAUGACUCAACAGCAGGACGCAUACCUCCCUCUCACUUCGAUCGCGAUGCUCAUCCUACUCGGCAAUACGGCUUUCCCGAUCGCCUUGCGUCUGUUCAUAUGGGUCUUCUCCAAGCUCACGCCAUCGUCCUCGCGCACGCACGAGAGCCUGCGCUUCCUCCUCGACCACCCGCGGCGUUGCUUCGUCUACCUAUUCCCAUCUAGCCAGACGUGGUUUCUGCUGUUUAUUCUCUGCAUGCUCAACGUGACCGAUUGGGUCAUGUUCCUUCUCCUCGACAUUGGCAACCCCAUCAUCGAGGCAAUUCCCGUAGGGCAACGAAUCUUCGACGGUCUUGUGCAGGGUGUUGCUGUACGUGCUGCUGGAUGGCAGGUCGUUAGUAUCUUGACGUUGGCCCCAGCUGUUCAGACGCUUUUUGUCAUCAUGAUGUACUUGUCCGCUUUCCCUAUUGCCAUGUCAGUCCGGUCGACUAAUGUGUACGAGGAGAAGUCACUCGGCAUCUUUGAGGAUGUUUCUGAGAAGGAAGAAGAGCCGAAUGAGCUUAAUGCCAGAGUUUGGAGCAGGUACCUUGCGAGCCAUGCCAGGCGCCAAUUAGCAUUCGAUAUGUGGUGGCUCGGCCUCGCAUUGUGGCUGCUCUGUAUUGUGCAAAGGGAUGAGAUUACAGAUCCAGCUUCAAACGGGUGGUUUACAGUAUUUUCAUGCCUUUUCGAGUUGACUUCUGCAUACGGUACGGUCGGUCUCAGCACGGGUACGCCUUCCGAUGCCUUUUCUCUCUCGGGCCGUUUCAACACACUGGGCAAGUUGAUCGUCAUCGCCGUCAUGCUACGUGGUCGACACAGAGGCCUGCCCGUGGCGAUCGACCGCGCCAUCCUAUUGCCCGGUGAAGUUGAAGUGGAAGAUGAGUCUGCCUGGUCGAUGCCCGGGUAUCCCACGGACGUUGAGGAAGGUGACCAAGAAGGCGUAGGACCUUAUCUGACGACGGGCAUCACACGCCCGUCCUCUACGCAGUCUCUCGAAGCUGUCGGCCCGGGCCCGGCGUCAACGGGCAAGUCAUUAGGGACGGCGGAAGACGCGCAGGGCGGCUUCCUGCGGCAAUCACUCACUGUCAUCAGUGAGGGAGCGACUCCAGGCGAAAGUAGCGAGAACCCUAUGAGCCGACAGGCCAGCAAGGCUCCAGAACAGGACGACCACGCUAACAUGCAGUUACAGCAGCAGCGGCGACAGGACAGUUACAGCAGCCGGUGCACAUCGGAGAGCAAGAGCAAAUCGAGAGAAGGAGAGAUGGCAGAUGGGGCGUGUGGCGAUGCGAACGAAAUUUCUGAGCUGCAGGGCAUGCCUGUUGUGCACAAGUUAGAAGAAACGCCCGCCUCGAUGAACAGGAGCAGCGGCGAAGGACAAGCGGCGACGAGUGCCGGCCAGCAAGGCGAUGCUGAAGAGGCGAUGCGACAACGCUUUGGAUCAGAUCCAUAUUUGCCAAUCAUCGAUACGCAAUAACAAUGGUUGUGGACAGCGGCUUCGCCCUUGCCUACGACGAGCAUGUUGUCCAGCCGAGCUCGCAAAUACGCGCGUUCGAACAUUCUAUUCCAUGUCACCGUACUUCUGUAAUAAUGUCUUAUCUGUUCUUUGCGAAAAUUGAGAG